AUGGCUGAGAGUGAGGCUCGACCCGAUGCUGCUCCUGCUCCUGCUGCUGCCGACUUCAGUGUCGUGUCAACAACACAAACAUCGGCACGUAAAAGCGUUCUAUUAUUAUUAUUAUUAUUAUUAUUAUUAUUAUUAUUAUUAUUAUUAUUAUUAUUAUUAUUAUUAUUAUUAUUAUUAUUAUUAUUAUUAUUAUUAUUAUUAUUAUUAUUAUUAUUAUUAUUAUUAUUAUUAUUAUUAUUAUUAUUAUUAUUAUUAUUAUUAUUAUUAUUAUUAUUAUUAUUAUUAUUAUUAUUAUUAUUAUUAUUAUUAUUAUUAUUAUUAUUAUUAUUAUUAUUAUUAUUAUUAUUAUUAUUAUUAUUAUUAUUAUUAUUAUUAUUAUUAUUAUUAUUAUUAUUAUUAUUAUUAUUAUUAUUAUUAUUAUUAUUAUUAUUAUUAUUAUUAUUAUUAUUAUUAUUAUUAUUAUUAUUAUUAUUAUUAUUAUUAUUAUUAUUAUUAUUAUUAUUAUUAUUAUUAUUAUUAUUAUUAUUAUUAUUAUUAUUAUUAUUAUUAUUAUUAUUAUUAUUAUUAUUAUUAUUAUUAUUAUUAUUAUUAUUAUUAUUAUUAUUAUUAUUAUUAUUAUUAUUAUUAUUAUUAUUAUUAUUAUUAUUAUUAUUAUUAUUAUUAUUAUUAUUAUUAUUAUUAUUAUUAUUAUUAUUAUUAUUAUUAUUAUUAUUAUUAUUAUUAUUAUUAUUAUUAUUAUUAUUAUUAUUAUUAUUAUUAUUAUUAUUAUUAUUAUUAUUAUUAUUAUUAUUAUUAUUAUUAUUAUUAUUAUUAUUAUUAUUAUUAUUAUUAUUAUUAUUAUUAUUAUUAUUAUUAUUAUUAUUAUUAUUAUUAUUAUUAUUAUUAUUAUUAUUAUUAUUAUUAUUAUUAUUAUUAUUAUUAUUAUUAUUAUUAUUAUUAUUAUUAUUAUUAUUAUUAUUAUUAUUAUUAUUAUUAUUAUUAUUAUUAUUAUUAUUAUUAUUAUUAUUAUUAUUAUUAUUAUUAUUAUUAUUAUUAUUAUUAUUAUUAUUAUUAUUAUUCAGAUCAGUAAUUAUUUCAACACUAAACAAAAUGCACCACAGCUCAAGUUGCACAGCUCGACCGCGAUGCGAGCACAGCUGGUGA